AACACUGCACCUGGAGCAAAUAAGAGGAGCAAAAUGAAGACCUUUAUUGCAGUAGAGGACUUGUUCCUAAAAGUAAUGCCAGGGCUGCUGUUGUUGGCUCUGGCGUUCCCGACCAUGGCUUCUUCUACACCGUUGUCAGCAAUGGACUCAUGUGGGCCAGAAGUUGCAGCUCUCAAGCGCAGCAUAAAGAAACUGGAGAACAGACUGUUAAUUGCAACUUGGCAAGUUGAGCACUUGCAAAAACACAAAUACUUCCGGCCAUUUCAGUCUGCUGUGUCUAAUACUGAACCUGAAAUCGACACAGCCCCCGCUGUAAACCACAACAGCAGUGGGACUUUAGACAGCUCUGAUACGACACUGAUGAAACCACUUCCGCCAGCAGGAAGCUUAAUUGUCCAUGAUAAAGACUGCUCUGAGUUGUUUGACAGACUGAGACCACCAAGUGGCUUUUACCGCAUCAGACCCAAACUACACCUGGAUCCUUUUUUGGCCUACUGUGACAUGGACGAUGGAGGAGGAUGGACAGUGUUUCAGAGACGUCGACAUGGAAAAGUUGACUUCAACAGAGACUGGGUGGACUACAGAGAUGGCUUUGGUGACUUCAAACUGUGGAAUGAUGAGUUUUGGUUGGGGAAUGAACAAAUGUACUCGCUACUGUCAGAAGGUAGGAACCUGGUGAAAAUCGAUCUAAUGGACUGGGAUGGGAAGAGGAGUUAUGCAUUUUAUGAGAACUUUAGGAUCACAGAUGAAGCAGACAAGUAUCGUCUCCAGUAUGGGCUGUAUAGUGGGCAAGCUGGAGAUGCUCUGAGUGGUGGUCGGGGGAUGGUGGAGCGGUGGUCUGCUUGUCUCGGCGGCAUGCAGUUCAGCACCAGAGAUCAGGAUAACGACCGCUAUCUUCAGGGUAGCUGUGCUCAGGAGAAUAAGGCAGGUUGGUGGUUCAACAGAUGUCAUGCAGCCAACCUAAAUGGAAAGUUCUACCGCAAAGGGCAGUACAAGGGACCAAAUGACAAUGGUGUGGUGUGGGGGACCUGGAGAGGCCUUUGGUAUUCCCUGAGACACACCACCAUGAAAGUGCGGCCUCUUGUUUUCUUGGAUGCCAUGGGCAGUGGAGCAGGAGAAAUGUAAAACAUCAGGUUUCACUUUUCCUUUUAUGAAAUAGAAUGUAGUAAAAUACUGAGGACAAAGAUUGAUGUCAUGUUUAAAUUCGUUGUAUUUGAACUUCUCCCUUUGCUUCAUCAUUUGAAACUAUGUCAAAUGUUGUAUCCACUAUUUUCCAGUAAGCACUCAUUUCUAUAAAGUGUAUAAUAUUACUCAAACAAUAAAACAAACAGCAUCUCA